CUCAUAGAUAUGACUUUCUAUAUAUUUUUGCUCUAAAAGAGUAUUCAUUUAUCAGGAGACCCGGUGUGAGGCUACACGUCUUUUAUUGUGGAGGGGUACUGAACGGAACCGACUCUUAUUGCAGUGAGCUUGAGCCGCAGAGACCGGAAGCAGCAGAGGAGCUAAACUUGUUGAUUUUACAGUUUUUAAAGUUUGUAGCUUGUUUGAUCCGGACGGUUCUGAAGUGAUGGAGACAUCCGGGUACUUUUAGCUGUUAGCUGUUAGCUUCAGGUACCGUUUAGUCUCAAUUAAAACAUGUCUUCAGGAGACUACAGAGCGACUUUUCUCUACCAGCUGCCGCCCUCCGUUCUCUGGGAGUUCUUCCGGGUCAUGGACGGACUGUCGGACCUGGACUGGACCCGCUUUGCCUCAGAGGUCCUCUGGGAUCAGACCGCCGUACGAUUGGCCGAGAAGAUCAAGAGGCGGACAGACUGGGUGAUGAACCAAUGGGAGAACAGGAACGGUUGUGUUGGGGAGCUGAUCGACCUGUUGGAGCGUCUGGAGCUGCUCCGCCCCCGUGAUGUCAUCCUGGGCUGGGCCUCUAGUCUGAAGCCUUCCUCACCUCCUCCUCCUCUUCCUCAACCCACACAGUCUGAGGCCAUGCCCACAAUGAGCACCGUCAGACUAAGCUCGACAGUAGAUGAAGGAGGAGGAAGACGCCUACCCAGACCGGCCCCGCCCCCCCCCAAUCUGCAAUCUGACCUUCACCAACCCGCCCAGCCCCCCCCGGUGGUGACGAGCAGCAGCGGGGUGAUGUGCUGGUCGUAUGAAGAGGUGCAUGCUGGGACGGUGGGGUUCUCCCCCUCCCUACAGGUGGGGGAGGGGGGGUUUGGAGUCGUGUACAGAGCGUCUCUGAGGAACACCGACUGUGCUGUCAAGAGACUCAAACAGGACUGUCUGCUGGACUGGACUCUGCUGAAGGAGAGCUUUCAGACUGAAGUGGACCAACUGUCAAAGUUCAGACAUCCCAACAUCGUGGAUCUGUUGGGUUUCAGUGAAGGACCAGGAUCAGUGUGUCUGAUCUACAGCUACAUGGAGCUCAGAUCACUGGAGGACCAGCUGCACAAUGAGUGUGUGUGUCUGUCCUGGUCUCAGAGAGUCGGUGUGGUUAAAGGAGCCUCAGCAGCGCUGCAGUUCCUUCACUUCCCCCCCGACGGUCACAGGGCUCUGAUCCACGGAGACGUGAAGAGCUCAAACAUCCUGUUGGACCGCCACCUGGUGGCCAAGCUGGCCGACUUCGGUUUGGCUCGGUUUGCGUGUCGCGGCUCGUUGGGACGCUCGGCGUCUCAGACGGCGUCGGUGGGUAAAACGGAGACGGUCAGAGGAACGCUGGCGUACCUCCCCAUCGAAUACGUGAGGGACGGACAGCUGGGGACGGCUGUGGAUGUCUACAGCUUUGGAGUGGUUUUGUUGGAGGUUCUGACGGGACGUCGAGCUCUGGAGACGGACAGGAAGUCAGGAGAGACAUACCUGAAGGACCUGGUGGAGGAGGUUGAGGACUGGAGGAACCAGCUGGACCACCGGCUGAUCUCAGGGGGCACAGCAGAACCAGCUUGCUGCAUGGAGGUGGUGGAUCUGGCCUGCAGGUGUCUGGACAAGAAGAGGAAGAAGAGACCAGCAAUGCCAGAGGUGUUUGACAAACUUCAGGAUGUCCACGUUGUCUCGAGUAAGACCAGGUCCUCCUCCCCCUUCCAUCAUCCUCAUCUUCAACCCCCCUCCCUGUCCUUCCCCAAACCCACACGCCCCCUGGACUCCAGUGUGGGAGCUCUGUCCAACCAGCUGUCCAAACUGGGCCCACUGGAGUACACCUCCCAGCUCUCCCAGUCCUCUCAGUUGUCCUCCCUCUCCUCUUUCUGCUCCCUCACCCCUCCUCACCCGCUGCACUCCUCCUCUUUCACCGGUCCGUGUGAAACCGAUGAGAGUCGAGGCUUCUCCCAGUAUGACAUUCGCUCCCAGUUCAGAUCCAACGGGACCAGCUCCAGGUCUCUGUCUCCAUCCACCAGAGACCAGUAUCACAGUCCAACUGGGCCCACAGAGUCCCAGUUGAGCCAGCCUUCUGUCCCCACUGAAGACCAGUACAACUUCCCUCCCCUCACAGUGCCCCCCCCGGGACCAGACCCUGGAGGGCAGACCACAGCAGGGCUCUACGGUGUCCCAGAAUGCCUCUCUCCUGGGUCCCUGCAGUCCUUGUUUCCGGAGUCCUCAGUCCUCAUGAAUCCCAGUAAGCAGCGUUUCCUGCAGAAGGAAACUCUGUACGAAGAAGGGAGGAUUCAAACUCCUGAGUUGCUGUCGUCUGAUGACCUCUACGGAGGGAGGAGUUGUGACCGAGGACCGGAGGAGAGUGACGAGCUGGAUUAUCUUCCUGCUAAACACCACUGACCUGUUUCACACUUUGAUCAAUAUGUUUGUAUGAUGAACUGUAAGGAGGCCGUUGUGUGUCACAUGUGUGUAUAUGAACUAUUCAUUCACUAAGUUUAUACAAAUCAAUAAACACAGAGUCCUUCAGCUGCUGAGGGUCAGAUGAAGGUAUGACAUCAUCAAA